AUGUUCUUGAGCUACGUCGGUCUUAGUGCAGCGUUAACCAUUGCGACUGAUUCCCGUGGGCUUGUAAAUGAUACUGAUAUAUCAAACGCUCAAGUGGAAAAGUAAGUGUCUUCUCGCGGGAUCAAUCUCCCGGUGUUGCAACUUCACUCACAAAGCCCGCUAGAGUCAAUGCCACCCCUCUCAACGACAAUAGCCCUGAAGAGUUUUUACUCCUAUUGAACCUAUUCCAUCCCUUGAGGGAUGCCGUGCAGGAGAUUGAUCCAUUAUACAUCACUCCUUUUGGUAUAUCCAACGCCUGCCAGUACGCAACCGAGUUCCAACUCAUCGGAGACCAGCUGCAUGCGGGCAAACACAUAGUUUCCACCGAGCCUGGCAUACAGAGUCAGCCAUUAUUAGGGGGUACCUCGAAUGGAACGAUCACCAGUGGAUUCUUUCGGGAUGGCGAUGAAUUGCAAUGGUUCAGUUCGGAUUUUGCAUCUUCUACAGCUCUCUUUUGUCUGUCCAGUUCAAACGUUGUUUUUGCCGUCUUCGGUUCCUCUAGGCUAUCCAACGAAUGCAUUCGGAUCCGCCUUGAACUAG